AUGACAGACAACUUUGUGAUGACUGGCCAGCUAAUAAAUAUGACUUCAGUUAAUCUUUCAGCAAUGACUAGUUCUGUUUGUCCAGCAGCUCCAGGUUUUGACAUAGAAGCUCAAAUAACAGCGUCAGGAUAUGCCCAGAUUAUGGAAGAUGUGAAUCCUGAAGAGAAUGAGAGUCUUGAAUUUCACCAAUCCCUACCUCUCACAUACUUCUUAGUGUCAUUCUCUACAAAAGAGUUCACUGCUUAUGCUAGAGCAGGAGCUGUGGCAGAAGAAAUUUUGACUAUCAGAACAGUUGUUGCGUUCAAUGGACAGACGAAGGCAUUAGCAAAAUAUGAUGUUAAUCUAGAGAAUGCUAAGAGUGUCAGGGUUCAAAAAUCCAUUACUGCCAGUGCAUCUUUGGGUUUCACACAUUUUAUUUUAUAUGGAUCCUAUGCUCUUGCACUUUGGUAUGGAACCAACCUCACAGUGGAAGAGAAAGAGAACUAUGACAUUGGACGAGUGAUAACUGUGUUCUUCUCUGUGUUCAUUGGCACAAUGUUCUCAUGCCAUUCUUUUAGUUUGAGGUGGCUCAGAGAAAAUAUUGGCCUUGUAAGCCAAGAGCCUGUUUUGUUUGCUACAAUGAAAGCUGAGAACAUUCACUGUGGCAGAGAGGAUAUUACUGAUUCUGAAGUUGAAAAAGCAGCUAAAGAAGCCAAUGUAUUUGAUUUUAUAUCAAGACUGCCUGAUGAGGAAGAUCUCUCUGAUGUACCAUAUUCCAGAAUUAUGGCUCUGAACAAACCUGAGUGGCAGUAUAUAUUCUUUGGACUGAUUGUCACUGUUGUCUCUGAUGGUAUCUCCCUUGCAUUUUCUGUUAUACUUGAAAAAAUCACAGGGGCCACGGGAAACCGACUUGGCUUCCUGACCAAAACUAUCUGUAGCCUUCUGACUGGUGCCAUUACUGAUUUUGUAUAUGACUGGAGAUUAGCUUUGCUUAUCCUGGCCUGCACUCCUUUUAUUGUUGCUGAAAAUGCUACUAGAAAGACGUCUGUGGCUGGUCACACAUCAAAAAAUCAAAAUACUUUGGAAAAGGCUGGAAGGAUUGUGGCAGAAGCAGUUGGAAACAUAAGAACUGUGGCUUCAUUAAUUAGUGAAGAUGCAUUUUAUAAGAGUUAUAAUGCAAGUUUGAUUGGUUCAUACAGGUGUGUAAUACUCCUGAGAUGGUUUGUGUUUGGUUUCAAAAACUUUUAUUCACUUCUGUUUGCUGCUGUAAGUGUUGCGGAAGCUGUUUCUUUGGCACCAGAUUCUGGCAAAGCUAAAGUUUCUGCCCAACGAAUAUUUCAGCUUUUAGAUCGGAAACUCUUAAUUGACAACUAUAGUGAUGAGGGUACAAAAUUGAAUCAGUUUGAUGGCAACAUUGAAUUCCAGGACACCCAUUUUGUGUACCCUACAAGACCUGAAGUUCAAGUUUUGCAAGGACUCAGCCUGAAGGUUAAUAAAGGGCAGACACUAGCCUUGGUGGGGAGUAGUGAUUGUGGCAAAAGCACAUCCAUUCAGCUUCUGGAAAGAUUUUAUGACCCGAUCGCAGGACAAGUGUUUGCAGAUGGGUUCAAUACUAAGGCUUUGAAUUUGCAAUGGUUAAAGUCCAAAUUAGGUAUUGUGUCACAGGAGCCUAUUUUGUUUGAUUGCAGCAUUGCUGAAAAUAUCCAGUAUGGAGACAAUAGUAGGGUUGUCAGUCAGGAGGUUGAAGAGGAAGCUAAAGCAGCAAAUAUUCACACCUUCAUAGAAAAUCUCCCAGAGGAAAAUGAAAAUAAGUAUAAUACUCAUGUGGGUGACAAAGGCACCCAGCUUUCUGGAGGUCAGAAACAAAGAAUAGCAAUUGCUCAUGCUCUAGUUGAGAAGCCAGCGGUUCGACUUCUGGAUGAAGCCACGUCUGCUCUUGACACGGAAAGUGAAAAGAUUGUCCAGAAAGCCUUGGACAAUGCCAGGAAGGCUCGAACCUGCAUUAUUAUUGCUCACCACUUGACAACUAUACAGAAUGCUGAUGUCCUAGCAGUGAUUCAUAAUGGAAAAGUAGUGGAAUAAGGGACUCACAGCCAGCUGCUGGUGAAGGAAGGACAUUACUAUGCACUUGUAAAUGCACAAAUGUCUCAUCAGAUUAAUUUGUAAAAUUUAA